CCUGGGCCCCCCGGCCUCUCCCGGAUCCCGAGGCGACCCCCGGGGUCUCUCUGGGUUGGCUCCCUUCUGGGCUCUUUGCCCCCCGGGGGUUCCCUUUGUCUUCUUGACCGCCGGCCACUUCUCCCUCCUCCCAGCGCGGUCGCAGAAGUCGUCGGGCAUCGGCCGCCUCAUGGUGCACGUCAUCGAGGCGUCUGAGCUCAAGGCCUGCAAGCCCAAUGGGAAGAGCAACCCCUACUGCGAGGUGAGCCUGGGCUCGCAGAGCUUCAGCACCCGCACCCUGCCGGACACGCUGAACCCCAAGUGGAACUUCAACUGCCAGUUCUUCAUCCGCGACCUGCGGCACGACGUGCUGUGCCUGACGCUCUUCGACCGCGACCACUUCUCCCCCGACGAUUUCCUGGGUCGGACCGAGAUCCCGGUGGCCACCAUCAGGACGGAGCAGGAGGGCCGCGGGCCGAGCACGCGCCGGCUGCUGCUGCACGAGGUCCCCACCGGCGAGGUGUGGGUCCGCCUGGACCUGCAGCUCUUCGAGCAGAAGAGCCUCCCGUAGGGCCCGGUGCCGGACAGACGCCCAGAGACGCAGCGGGCCCUCUGAGGACGCGGAAAACCCGGAUCCCUCCCGUCGUCCCAGAGUGUGAACGUCCUGGCACGGGGGCACGGCGUGCCCAGGAAAUACAUGCUUGUGGCCAGGAAAUACAUGCUGGGCAUGUGGGCCGGGCCGGGAGCCGGAGCUCUCUCCUCCCAGAGCACCAGGGCCGGAUGGGCAGCUGCCCUCCAUCCCCCCAUGCAGAAGUGGGCACCAGAGCCCGGAGAGGCGUGUCCCACAGGGGGUCAGUGUGAGACACGGGUGCCCAGAGCGGCCCCCUCGGGCACAUCGGGGUUGGCAUCCAGGCCCAGGGGCAUCUGUGAGUUCUGGGCCCGAAGGCCAUGGGGGGGGGGCAGGUUCUCCCCUUUCGGGCCCCCUGGCCAAUGGACCGAGUCUGGCUCGGGUUUGGGGAGCUUUAAUGAAAUAAAUAAUACAGAUGGCA